AGCAUUUGUGUAAUGAUCAUGCUGUUUAAUCAGCUUCUUGAUAUGCCACACCUGUCAGGGGGAUGGAUUGUCUUGCCAAAGGAUACAAUUAUCACUAACAGACUUAUGAAAAAGACUGAAGGAGAUUUGCUGAGGAUGGUUUAGGACAGACUGAGUAAGAUGGAUGAGAUCAAACACUCAGUGGAGCUCAGCAGAAGAUAAGCCAGGCUUGAGAGAAGCCAGGCUGAGCUCAUCAAGGUGAUUGAGGAGAAGCAGAAAGCAGCAGAGAGGCGGGCUGAGGGGCUCAUCAAAGAGCUGUAUCAGGAAAUCACUGAGGUAAAAAGGAGAAGCACUGAGCUAGAGCAGCUCUCACACUGAGGAACAACUCCACUUCAUACAGCGGACAUGACACUGGACCUGGUCACAGUCUCCUCGUUGGUCAACCUGUCCUCUGAUGGGAAGCAGGUGAGUCUGGGAUACCAGCAGUUCUGCUCCCUGGUUGAUGAUCCGAAAAGGUUUGACUACUGCGUAUGUGUGCUGGGAAAACAAGGCUUCGCCACCGAGAGGUGCUACUGGGUAGUCCAGGUGGGUGACAAGACCGACCGGGAUGUGUAUGUGGCCAGAGAGUCCGUCAACAGGAAGCAGAGUGUCACGGUGAGGCCAGACCAAGGCUACUGGGCCGUGUGUCGUGGGAAAGGGGGAAACCUCAACGCCUGUGCCGGGCCAUCCAUCCCCCAUCACCUGAGAGACAAACCCAAGAAGGUGGGGGUGUUUGUGGAUUAUGAGGAGGGAUUGGUCUCCUUUUAUAAUGUGGACGAUAAGGCUCAUAUUUAUAGUUAUAGUUGGUGUGUCUUCACCGAGACCCUGUAUCCGUACUUUAGCCCGUCUCCAUGGCGGCGGAAAGAACACAGCCCCGUUGGUUAUCUGUUUGGUGGAAAGGGCUUAUACAGUUGUGAGGUCUAAAGUCCCACCGGUGGCCCUAUCUAUAGCUGUGAGGAGCUGUCAAUCAUCCGUUCGAUCACAUCAUGUUGUUCUGAGACUGUUGUCUGACUGGAGAUCUUCCCUCAAUUCUGGCCAGAAAUAGAAAUAACUAACUGUACUGAUUAAAAAAAUUUAAUCAACAUUUUGUAACCACGUAAGGUCAAAUUACUGAUAUAGAUAUUCUUAUUCUACUGUGAGAAGUCUAUAUUCAAUUCUUACAUUUUUCUAAAUCCAAGUGUCUAAAUGCGCAACAAGUGUAAGCAAAAAUCCCCUUUUAUCAGUAGCUCAAUGGCAUUUAAGCGAAUGGGAAAGGAUAGAGAAUGGAAAGAGGAUCUGAGAUGAUGGAGAGAAGAGGGAGGAGUGUGGAACAGGUAGGCGGUUGUGGGCGAGAGAAAACAGACGAUUUAUGAUGGUUGUGAUAUGAUAAAACGUCUGUUUGAACACAGGGGUUCCCUGACAAAGAGAGAGAGGGGAGGAGAUGGGGAGAGAGAAAAAGAGAGAGAGU